AUGCCAUAUUUCAUAAUAAAUGGGUACGCAGGUUGCCCCAAUUUUGGUCAUGCCAUUAUUGUGGCUCAAUACUUAUCAGAACGUUUACCAAAUUUUGAAUUUAAAAAAGUUGAGGUAGCACCUACUGAAUGGGGAGAUCAUGUUAUGGAUAUUAAUAAAUGUAGUAAUUGGUACCUAACUAAAAGUCCUGUUAUAUGGAAAGAAAUUCACCAAUGGGGAAGUAAAAGAUAUUUACUAGGUGGAUUAGGAGAAUUUUGGGAAUACGUUUACUGUUAUUAUGGUUUAGAAUCUAUAAUUCCAAAAGCUGAUUUAAGGAAUCUUGCUGCCAACAAUCUUAAGGUGCGCGGUGUCGCUGAACGAUUAAAAUACACUCGUAUUAUUAGUAUAAUAGGAGCCACCAGUUUGGUAACAACCUUGCUGCUAAAGGAAUUGUUCGAAGUGCCCAAUUUGAAAAAGAGAGAUGGCAUUAUAGUGAGGUUGUUCGACGAAAACCAUAAUGAUGAACGCAAAUACAGUAUGAUGGAAGAUAUGGCCAUUUACUACAAUUCUUUGAGUAUUUUUGGUAGAGACCAAAUUGUUUUUAUUGUGAAUAAUCUGGAAGAGUUGCUGGAUAAUUGUGAUUUGCUGAUAAUCGUUGAGGAUUUUAGACCAAAUAAUCAGAGCCAAUAUGAAGUAACACUAAAAAGGUGCUUUGCUAAAAUGAAUUACCUCUCUGAAGCAGUUAACUCCAGUAAACACCGUAGUCUAAGAAUUAUAUUCUCAGGUCAGGGACCGCUAUGUUUUUUGGCGACCUGUUUGGUGGAAUUCUGUACUACUGUGAGGCCUUCGGAUAUAGUGGUGUUGGCGGCCGACGAAGGUCUUUCUUACAUAAGUGUUUUGUCUGAGAAAACUGGCAUUCCCGUCUCUAAAAUAUCCGCCCCUCCAGUUUGGGGCUUCAUCGGAAUACAUUCGUUUGUCGAUGAGGCGCAGACUGUAUUUAAGGCUGACGUAUACCGACCCAAUCUGAGAUCUUUAACUGCUCCUCACGGGUCAACUUUGCCUUUGGGUACCAUAAAAUCGGAGCUAAGGUUAAUGUCUUACCUGAUUACCGACCACGAUGAAGUUGUGAGAACGGUCGAGGAGAGAAAAAAAAAAAUUACCAAACUUCAGGAACGUCCGACUAUUUUCCGUAAAAUCAGGUCCGUAAUCAGUUUAUUGAAACUAUGGUAUGCCGAGCAGCCUUCUGACGAUAUAAUAUCCUUAGGAGUGUGUUCUGACGGCUCUUUUGAUAUACCCGCAGGAAUGGUGUUUGCUCAGCCGGCAAAGUUAGACUCAAGAUUUAGAUGGUUACCUUUCGCGGAAUAUCCACUCAUGGAUGAUUUUACUAGGGCCAAAAUUAAGGAGUGUAAAGAGUCUUCUUCCCGAUUUUUGGAGCAAUCUCAUUUAUUGCACCACAUGUGCAAAGACUCUGAAGAUAUUUCUUCCAAUCCGCAUUGA